AUGGCAGUAUCACCACUCAUUACACAGUCUCCCUCUGGUGCAUCCACUGCAUCCAAGGCAAAAAUUCUCGCUGUAGGAAGCGAAAGUCAGCCCCCUCUCGCGUCGCCUUCGAAGGCACCGGCCACUGCAAGCUCGGAACUGGCAGAACAGUUGAAUGAAGAUGUGAGGCGAAAGUACGUUAAGGAUAAAAAGCUCGGUGAGGGUACCUACGCCGUUGUCUACCUCGGGUAUCUGCGCGACAAUCCUUCGUCCCUUGUUGCGAUCAAGAAAAUCAAAGUCAAUGCCGAGUAUCGAGACGGCCUUUCGAUGGAUGCUAUUCGGGAAAUAAAAUACCUACAAGAACUAUCUCAUCCGAAUAUUAUCGCUCUUCACGACGUGUUCUCUUCAAAGGAUCGGAAUCUGAACCUCGUGCUUGAAUAUUUGCCAUUAGGUGAUCUCGAAAUGUUGAUCAAAGAUGGCAACAUUCAAUACGGUGUGGCAGACGUCAAGGCUUGGAUGGGUAUGCUUACAAGGGGGGUCUGGUUUUGCCACGAGAACUUCAUCUUGCAUCGUGAUAUCAAGCCGAAUAACUUGUUGAUUGCGUCGGACGGCGAAGUGAAGUUGGCUGAUUUUGGCUUGGCUCGAUCUUUCGCUGACCCCUACCUGAACAUGACGCAUCAAGUCAUCACACGCUGGUACCGACCGCCCGAACUUUUAUAUGGCGCUCGUCAAUACUCCGCGGUAGUAGAUGUCUGGUCCAUGGGGAUGGUUUUUGCGGAAUUGCUACUUCGUGUACCCUAUGUGGCCGGGAAUAGUGAUAUGGACCAAAUUGCUAAGAUCAGUGAAGCAUUCGGGUCACCAACGGAGGAAAAUUGGCCUGGAGUGACCAAGCUUCCCAAUUACGUACCACCUGGAGACCGUAUCACUCCUCUUCAAGGGAGAGAGUUUUUCCUGCGCCAAUUCCCUACGGCAGGGCCUCUUGGGGCUGACCUUCUGAUGUCCAUGAGCACCCUUGAUCCUCGCAAGCGGAGUUCAGCGCGUGAGAUAUUACAACAUGCUUGGUGGAGAAGCGACCCAAAACCGACACCAAAGGAAUCUCUUCCAAGGAAGUCCGGGGGUUCACAGAAGAUGGGCAAUGAUUUAUCACGACGAGCUGGUGAAGAUUCUGAAGGUCGUUUCAAGAAUGCCGCUCGACAGUUGGACUUUGGAGGAGCCAUCAAAUGA